UUUUGUUGAAAACAUGCAUUUUAUACAAUUUUCAACAAUUCUGUGACAAUCAUUACUGGAGUUCGUGGACAUAUUUAACAUUUUAAACAUAACCAUAAAACGCGAUAUAAGUUACCUGGAAAACAAUUGUAUACGUAAUAAUCAUACUGAAGAUGCCCCAUAAAAAUUGUAAUAAAGAUCGCAAUUAGCCAUUAAUGAAAUAAUCCUUGUCUUGUGGAAUAUAAAUACGCAGCCAAAAAUAGCAAUUCAAUAUUUGGAUACAUUUGUGUGUGAUGUGAAAAUUUAUUAAAGAUGAAAGCCAACUAUUCGGUGACUUGAACAAAAAAAUUUCCUAAAACCACAAAUGACACUUGGACUCUUAGCAUUACUAGUAACUGGCCGCCGAAGCAAACAAGUGUCCGGAAUCUCAUUAGUAAGCAAAACAGGAAACGGUCGCGUCCAUUAAAUAAUAAACGUGAAACGAAGCGAAAAAUCCAGAACGUGAAACAGAACAGAUAAAAAUGAAACAUAACAAAGGGCAAAAAGGAAAAGAAAUAAAAUAAAAAUGAAAAAUUAUUUCAAAUGACGACAACCGCAACGAGACUACCAAAGUAAAUAAUAACCAAUCAUUUUUUAUUUACUCGGGCAAUAAUAACUAGACACACACAACAAUCGGAAAAGUCGUAAGACAAAGUGUGUAUAUAUGUAUGUGUGUGUGCUUGUCUUUACUUUGUGUCGUUCGUAUGCGUCAUAAUAAAGCGUACAAAAGUGAUUAAUAAUAUUUUAUGAUCUCAAAGAAAGCCAAAAGAAGAAAUAAUAAACGAACAGGCAAGUGCUUCGAAACGGAAAUAAUAACAUGUGAUUGUGGUCAAAAAGAGUGGCGGAUACCAUCUAAACCAAGUUUGGCAAGUGCUGACCUCCUCCUUCGCUCGCAAACAUCUACGGGAGAAAAAUAAACAAUUACUUCGUUCGUGUUUUUGUUUCUGCCGACAAACAAAGCUUGAAAAAGUGCAAAAAUUGUCGGGUUUUCUUUUGUUUUUCAUUUGGCACAAUCAUCAUCUAAACGUUUUUGCCCCGAAGUGGAAACAAGCAAUUCUCUCGGAAAACACACACCAAAAGUCUUUGUUUUCCCCCCAAAUUUCAUUGUAGUGCAAUUGCCAAGAAAAAAAAAAAAAAACACAAAACCAAAUAAAAAAAAUUGCCAUACUUAAAAAUUACUUAAGACUCGUCGCCAGAAAAUUCCCAUUCACUUUUGUAUAUUCCCAUUCCGGUCACCCCCCCAUCCGCUUCAAAAAGAAACGCCAACGGUGACAGUUUUCUUUUGUAUUGUACAGCAACGAAGUACCCAAUCGUCAUCAGCCAGCCACCGAGCCAACCGGUCUUUGCCCUCCCCAUCCAAAACGGGAGCAGCAAUAUCUUGGGUUUUUUGCGUUCUGCAAAAAUCUUCUAGUGGAGUACAACAAUUGGUGAAAUAGAAAAGUUUAAAAAAUGGAAUUUCUUAAAAGGAAACAUUUUUCAUUGUGGAUUACGACAACAUUUAUAAUCAUCGUGGCCGGUAUUACGACAAAUGUGAGCCCGGUCCAGGGUCUGCAGGGCGUACCAACAUGGAUCUCCCUUGGCAUUAAAUCGCCAUUCAUUGAGUUUCGCAAUGAAUUCGAAGUGCUGGCCAACAACAGCAUAGCCCUGAACAUUACCAAAGAUGAACAGGCGUUAAUGCAUCAGGAGGGCCUCAGAAAAUUGGGUACCUUUAUAAAACCCGUUGACUUAAGAGAUUCUGAGACGGGGUUUGUCAAGGCAAAUCUUACCAAAAAGAUUGCUACUCCCAUGCCACAACAGAGAACACAAACACAGCGGAGGAUGCAUCCCAUACAAGAGGAAAUGGAUCAAAAGCAAAUCAUUCUACUCGAUGAAGAUACCGAUGAAAAUGGUUUGCCGGCCAGUCUAACCGAUGAGGAUCGUAAAUUUAUUGUACCCAUGGCAUUGAAAAAUUCCCAACCAGAUCCUCGAUGGGCACAGUCGAUGGCCCGCAGUUCAAUGCUCUCAGCGCCAACGGCAAAGCCUAGCACUACAACGACAACGAAAAAGCCCACCACUCCGGCCACACCAGAAUUUGCCUCGAACAUAGAAGACCUGAAGAAACACAUUUUGUUCCUGCAGAAUCUCACAAAGCAUGAUAGUAAUUUUCAAUCGAAAUUUGUGGUCUUUCCCAGUCUGCAGAAGGACAAACAGGGUAGGCCAAUAACAACGACGAGCACCACAACCACAACGGCAUCGCCGAAGGUACCAUUUCGUCCCAUCUAUCAGUAUUCAGCACCAGUAUUACCGCCCACUAGGAAGUCAUCAAUUAACAUAAAUAGUAAAAUUUCACAUUCACCACCCUUUGGGGGUUACUACCACAAUGACGAUGAUGAGGAGUCGCUGUCUGCCUUCCUGCAGCCGGUCAAUAAUAAUGGCAAGGAUAAAAUUGCCAUUGUGCCACAGGUUCUACUGCUAAAUGAUCAAAACAAAGAUCGCAGAAUGCCGGUGGCAACCACAACAACAAGUACAACCACAACGACAACAAGCACUACAACAACAACAACCACCACAACGACAACCAGACGUCCCACAAAACCCACCAAACUGCCACCCUGUGUACGUAAUCCGGAGGCGCCCAAGUGUAUACGUUUGCGUAAACGUGAAGAGCUGCAGAGGCAAAGGGAUCGUGAACAACUGCUGAGAGAACAAGAGAAGUACUGGCCACGCUAUGAACCCUAUCGCCAGACCAUUAACAACACCAAACGUUUUGCCGUCUCCAUUGAAAUUCCCGACUCCAUUAAGGCCUAUUUGAAUGAAACGAAAAAUGCCAAAAAUCUGGAUGGUAGCGGGGGUAUUGCGGAGGAAAAUCUACAAAUCCUCUCACGUUUUGUAAGAUCCACCCACAAAAGACGUAACAUUGGUGGUGGCCUACAGGGACGUUCCACGGCCAGUAAUGAUAAAUUUGCCUCAAAAUAUGGUACUGGUGCUUUUUUAGAUCGAGAUUCGGUGGCAUCAUCCACCGGCGGUAGAGAUUUUGUAAUACCCAAUGCCGAGCAGAUGGGCAUGAUGGCGGCCAAUGCAACAACGCCCAGUCCAACGGUGCCACCCUACUCCGAGCCAUUGGAUUUAAAUCCAGAUAAUUGUUAUCUGGUCGAUGGCAUGAGCUAUGGCCAGAAGAAACAAUGUGUGCUGCACACAAGUGUGAUGCCGGCCAUAAGUCGUGGGGCCAGGGCCACAAUACAGGAAUGUCAAUUUCAAUUUAAAAAUCGCCGCUGGAAUUGUACGACAACAGAGGAUAAUACGGUGUUUGGUCCCAUGACCGGUUUGGGUUCGCCGGAAAUGGCUUUCAUUCAUGCCCUGGCUGCUGCCACUGUUACCAGUUUCAUAGCACGUGCCUGUCGCGAUGGUCAAUUGGCUUCGUGCGGCUGUUCCAGCGGUUCGAGACCCAAACAGCUCCACGAUGAUUGGAAUUGGGGUGGAUGUGGUGAUAAUCUGGAAUAUGCCUACAAAUUUGCCACAGACUUCAUUGAUAUACGAGAAAAGGAGACUAGACGUGGCACACGUGGUGUUGGCAAUCCAGAGAAACGUAAUGGCGGUGGUGGUGGCGGUAGAGGACAACGCAUGCAUCAAAGGCGGCAGCAACAGCUUUUGCAACAACAGCUAAAACAGCAACAACAAAUGCUAGCAGAUGAUGCUUCAGUUUCUAUUACCACUUCAGUUAAAAACGAUACCAAGGCAACAAUAACCAAGCAACAACAACAACAACAGCAGCAGCAGCAACACUUGGCAAAUAAUAAAGCUCAAACAACAAACGGCAGUAAUAGAACAGCAGAAGAAGCGACACAAUCAUUGUCUACAUCCCAGUCCUCAGGAGCAUCAGUAUCAUCAUCUGGGUCCUCGUCCUCCUCCUCAUCGAGUGAUUUGAAAUCUUUAGAAAAUACCAAUAAAAAUGUCAACAACAGCAGCAACAACUCAAACCCGAUACAACAUUCAAAUGGCACGGAUGUUAACACUAGCACGACACAAGUGUCAUCCUCCCUCGCCUCUUCGUCCUCAUCGAGGAAUAUUAGCCCGGGAACAUCUUCAAUGACCUCUUCAAGUAACAAUGCAGCAGCCGCUGCCGAUUCAAGUAACUACCAGAGUCAAAAUCAAAGACAGACAAACAGACAACGACAACAAAUGCGUUCGACAACAACAUCAACAACGGCACCACCAUCAUCAUCGCGACAGCAACAACAAGAUGUAUCAGCAUCUUCCGAGGAAGAAACACCAAACGGUGGUGGUGGUGGUGGUCUUCGCAUUAAACCGGAAGAUUUAUUAGAAUUACAAGAGCGUAUUACAAAGGAAAUACUCAAUUCAAAAUUACAGGAAAAGGAAAUGCUCGAAUUGCAGGAAAAAAUCAAUCGGGAAAUUUUAAAUUCGAAAGUUUUUAAUAUGGAUGUUGCCACAAAUGGUGGUGGCAGUUCAAGUUUCAGUGCGAACGGUAACAGCAACAACAAUAAUAAUAACAACAACAACGGUGGUGGUGGUAAACGCAAAAGGAAACGUAAAAAUCAACGUGCUGUCAACGGUAUGCUGGUCGAUGUUGGCGAAGGUGGUCCAUAUGCCAAUAGCAACAGCAACGGUCCAAUUGGCACAUCAGGUGGCAGUAAUGGUGGCGGUGGUGGUGGUGGCGGUUCUUCUGGCAAAUGGAAAAAUUCGAUUGCAGCCAAAGCAAGAAGUUUAAUGAAUUUGCACAAUAAUGAAGCCGGCAGGAGGGCGGUUAUUAAGAAGACCCGCAUAACAUGUAAAUGUCAUGGCGUUUCCGGUUCAUGUAGUUUGAUAACCUGUUGGCAACAGUUGUCAUCGAUAAGAGAAAUUGGUGACUAUUUGCGUGAAAAAUACGAAGAAUCCACAGAGGUGAAACUAAACAAACGUGGGCGAUUACAAGUCAAGGAUCCACAAUUUAAAGUACCCACAGCCCAUGAUUUGGUGUAUUUGGAUGAAAGUCCUGAUUGGUGUCGAAGUAACAAACAGCUACAAUGGCCGGGAACACAUGGUCGAGUUUGUAACAAGACAUCAAAUGGCCUGGAUGGCUGUGGUAUCCUGUGUUGCGGCCGGGGUUAUAAUACCAAAAAUAUUGUGGUGCGAGAACGAUGCAAUUGCAAGUUCCAUUGGUGUUGUCAAGUUAAAUGUGAUGUUUGUGUGAAAGUGAUUGAGGAGCAUACGUGUAAAUAAUUCUAAUUUACUCUAUGGACAAUUUUUAGUUUAUUAUUUUAUUUUGCAAAACUAAAUUUAAAAUGUAAAAAACAACACUCACACAAAGAAAAUUAUGUAAGGAAAUUUAUUAAUUUUUAAUAACAUUUGAAUUUCGUUUAAGAUACAUAAAGGAAAAGCUUAAAUUUAAAAAUUAGCUUAUAAAAACCACUCACAAUAAUUAUUUUUUGGAGUUUAUUUCAAGCAAGAAAGAAACAAGAAUGCAGAAAAAAACUAAUUUAUUUAACAACAAACAUAUUAUCCUAAUAAAUAAGUUAAAAACAAAAAAUAAAAUAUAUUGUGACAGACAGACAGCAACAAAAAAAUGUUAUAUUUCUUGAUAAAUAUUGCAAAGAAAAUAAAAAUAAAACAAAAACAUAAAAUUGAAAUAUAAUUCCAUACCCUCUAAGCUAGACUUAACUGUAAUUUUAAGCAUCACGUCCCAAAAAAAAAAAAAAAAACAGACCAGCCCCACAUUGUAUUUAUUGAAAACCCGAAGGAAAAAAAGAAAAUACUGAAAAUAAAAUGAUAAUAGUUUUAGUAAAAUGCUAAAUAAUAUACAUAUAUUUAAACGAUAAUUAUAAAACUUGAAUUUAAUUUGAAAUUUUGUAAUAUACUUAUUCUAAUUUUUAAGAUUGUAGAAUGUAAAACGAAUAAAAGAAAAGAAACGAAAUUCAAGGCAUUUCGAAAAUGUAAUCGAAAUAUUUGCAUUUAUCAGCCACCCACACAAGCACACCCAUCCACAUACACAUAGACACAUGAAGCAGCUCGAAUAAUAUAUUCUUUUAAAUUACAAUAAUUCAAUUUUUUUUAUUAAUUUAUGUUAAAAAAACUUAAAUAUUUUAUCUUAAUAAUUAAACUACUUAUAUAUUUAUUUAAAAUAAAUUUUUUAGUUGAUUUUUUGUUUUUAUAUUUUUAUAUACAACAAUUUUUAGGUUAGUUUGCUUCUAAGUGACAUGGAAGAGUUAUUUUUGGCAUAUAUUCACUAUAAACAUACAAUUUAGUACAUUUCAUAUUCAUUGGUAGUUUUUCAAUUUUUUUUAAUCCAUACUCAGGAUAAUUUUUAAAUUAGCCUAAAAAUUCAUACAAAAAAGGGCAUGGCGUAUAGAUUGGUUUUGUUUAUAGCGAAAGUGACUUAAACUCAUUUUUAUAAAAAUAAACAGACAUCCGAAGAACUCGCUCGAAUUUCUACAGAGAUUGAAACUAACUCCAUUUCGAAGGAGAGUACUCCUGAGAGCAGAAAAAAUAAGCAAAUUCAAUUUUCGAUGUCGCUCGAAUAUGAUUGUGGAUAUUGUCUUUGCUUUUGAGUGGGAGCAAAAUUCGUUCAAAAUCGAGUGGAAUCUACUCUUACCGAGCACUUUUUUAGUUUUUGUCAUACCGUUAUAUACCAUAUAUUCUAUGUAUGUAAGUGUAUUUUUGUGCGCAGGAUCACCCCCCCCCCCACUUUCCAAAUCUUCUACAAUACAAUGCAACAUAGAUUGCUGUUACAGACACACACAAAUCAGAAAAAAAAUAUAUUUAUACCCUCCACCAUACAUAGUAUGGAG